AUCAGUCCUCAGAAUGUUCUCUAAGACCACCUGAAAGUUGAAAAUUCUUCCUUUCCAUUCAAAUCUCUUAUUCUGUUAUCAUAUAUAUAUAUAUAGACACUACAUUGCUUUCUCCUUCAUCUGUUCAGUUAAUUUUUUCACUUUCUAAUACUGUUGAAACAAGUUGAUUGUUGUUUUUAAGCAUUCAAUAUAGCAGCGUUGUUCAUAAGAUUUCAUUAAAAUGAAGUUUGGUAAGGAAUUUGCAUCACAAAUGGUGCCAGAAUGGCAAGAAGCAUACAUGAAUUACGAGUUCUUGAAAACUCUGUUGAAAGAAAUCCAACUCUUCAGGCAAAGAAACCGGCCGGCCGCAGCAGGAUCGAACGGCCUGAGGCGAAACCUCACCCUGUAUAGAGCCUUCAGUGGACUAACAAAGAGGGGAACUUCUCCGAGAACAGAAGCAGCAUCUGAUAUAGAAAAUCAGGUCAUUCUCGUGAACAAUGUCAGACGGGACGGGGUGGAAGGCUCGGAGACGAUGUUUCUCAUGGCAGCAGACGAAGGAGGAGAAUACGAGCUUGUUUAUUUCAAACGGUUGGACGAUGAGUUUAAUAAGGUAAUAAAGUUUUACAAGUCCAAAAUGGAGGAGGUAAUGGAGGAAGCUGCUGUUUUGGAUAAGCAAAUGAAUGCUCUAAUUGCGUUUCGAGUAAAGGUGGUGAAUCCGAGGGGAUGGACGAAUAGUUUGGAGGAAACUGCUCAGCUUGCUUCAGAUGUUGCAGCUUCUAGAGCUGUAUUGUUGGCUACUACUCCAUCUGCAGCUAGAGCAAGUAGAAGGGCUGCAAUGGAUGCGAUAGACGAAGAGAGUUCAAGCAGUCAGGGUACAUCUGAUGAAUCGGGAGAUGAUAAUAAACAUAGGAGGGAGAUGGAACUAGUGAAAAUUAAGACCCGAGAUUACAAGCAGAAUGACAUCAGGGCCAUUAGACCAGCACCUUUGGAGAUACUUCAGCAUGUGAAGUUUAACACUAGUCAAGAAACUCCUCGAUCGACAAUUAAAGGUUUUCUCAAUCUUCCGAACCAAACAGACCUGAAGUUCAGCAAGGAUAAUUUGAAGAGAGCAGAAGACCAACUUAAGAAGGCUUUUGUCGAAUUCUACCAUAAACUAAGGCUUCUGAAGAACUACAGCUUCCUGAAUAUCAUGGCGUUCUCGAAAAUCAUGAAGAAAUACGAUAAGAUUGCUUCAAGAAGCGCUUCAAAACCAUAUAUGAAAAUGGUUGAUAAUUCCUACCUCGGCAGCUCUGACGAGGUCAGCAAGUUAAUGGAAAGGGUAGAAGUUACUUUCAUCAAGCAUUUCUCCAACUCAAACCGCAGUAAAGGGAUGAAUAUCUUAAGGCCAAAGAAGAAGAGGGAAAGGCAUAGAGUAACAUUCUCUAUGGGAUUUCUCGUAGGCUGCACAUUCGCUCUUAUAAUGGCCCUCGUUUUAAUCAUUCGUGCACGUAAUCUCCUGGAUAAAGCUGGGCGAGUACUUUACAUGGAAACUAUGUUUCCACUUUACAGCUUGUUUGGCUUCAUUGUUCUACACAUGCUGAUGUAUGCUGCAAACAUAUACUUCUGGAGGCGAUAUCGAGUCAACUAUUCGUUCAUAUUUGGUUUCAAAGAAGGAACAGAACUGGGGUACAGAGAGGUUCUGCUCCUUGGUUUCUGUCUAAGUGUGCUAGCUCUGGCCAGUGUACUUGCCAAUCUGGAUAUGGAAAUGGAUCCAGUGACUCAAGACUAUAAAGCCAUAACAGAACUCCUUCCUCUUGGCUUAGUAUUGCUAGUGGUUGUGAUUAUGCUCUGCCCUUUAAACAUCAUAUACCGUUCAAGUCGGUUUUUCUUGCUCGUCUGCAUAUUCCAUUGUGUCUUAGCUCCUCUCUAUAAGGUUUCUCUACCAGACUUCUUCUUAGCAGACCAGCUUACAAGCCAGGUUCAAGCUCUUAGGAGUCUAGAGUUUUAUAUUUGCUACUAUGGUUGGGGAGACUACAGACUAAGACAAAACAGUUGCAAAACGAACGAUGUUUUCAACACGUUCUCUUUCAUUGUAGCUGGAGUACCAUACUGGUGGCGCCUCCUUCAGUGUCUCCGCCGCCUGUAUGAAGAGAAAGAUGCUAAGCAAGGAUACAACGGCUUGAAAUACUUGUCAACAAUCGUUGCAGUUUGUGCCAGAACAGCUUACACUCUCAACAGAGGAGAUACCUGGAAGUUAGUAGCUUGGAUAGCCUCAAUAAUUGCGACGAUCUAUAGCACAUACUGGGACAUUGUUAUGGACUGGGGUCUUUUCCAGCGGAGCUCCAAGAACCGAUGGUUGAGAGACAAGCUGCUUAUCCCACACAAAACUGUUUAUUUUGUAGCCAUAGUCUUGAAUGUGUUGUUGAGGUUAGCCUGGAUGCAGACUGUGAUGAAUAUCAAAAUUUUUUCCUUGCAUAGGCAGACAAUGGUUGCACUUGUGGCUUCUCUAGAGAUUAUUCGUCGUGGUUUAUGGAACUUUUUCAGGCUGGAGAAUGAACAUCUUAACAAUGUUGGCAAGUAUCGUGCUUUCAAAUCAGUGCCAUUACCUUUCAACUACGAUGAAGAUGAGGACAAAGAUGAGUAGAAAACAUUGGUGGAGGAGAAAAGUAUCCAAUUCUCCUCCACUUAGUCACAUUCUUUGAUUGUUUAUACAGUUCUAAUUGUAACUUAUCCAAAAGUCGCACAGUGUAAAGUCCUUUCUGCAUAAUAAUAUGUGAUCUACUCAGCCACACCCAAGUUCACAAAAACAGAACUUGGAAAUAUGAUACUUGUUGACCAACUUUACAGGGAAUGAUGGUAACAUCUAUUCAACAGUGUAAAUAAACCAGAUAACAAUGAAGAAUAACAUAAAAGUCGCAGAUCAUCCAUUGGAUUUCUUGCUUGAUUUGUGCUUCUUGGAGCAAUCUAAUCUGACAUAUAGUUCAACGCAUCAUCUAUGCACACAUUAAGAAAAAGCUGGCUGUAAGAAAGAAACUAUGAAAUAGUCGCCGCCUCCUCAAUAUCAUAUGCAUUGAAAGAACAUGAAUUUGUGAUAUGUGCAACGCAAGUAACAUGUUUGACAUUCUGCAUGCUCUAAUUUCAACAACUUUGAACACUCUUCUUUCCAUCUUUUUCUGGAAAGACAUAAGAUCUCU